AUGGAUACCUCCAGCCCUACCCAGCAGAUUCCCCCGGUAUCAAAGCGGGCAACGGCCUGCGUAGAGUGCCAGAAACAUAAGGUGCGUUGUGUGCUUCUCGGCCGAAAGCCACCAUGCCAGCGCUGCUCAGGAAAGCAUCUUUCCUGUGUGUUCAAGAAGGGCCCAACGUAUCCGCUGCCGUCGUCUGAAAAUCGAAGGCUAUUGAAUGCGUUAUUGGACGAUCUUGGAGUGCUCCAUGGUGCAGUAAAUGAGCUCCGGGCAGCAGGGGACCUCCCAGACCUCCCAGCGUUGCGUUCGAUCGCUGUGCUCUCGGAGCUGCGUGGAGGCGAUAGAACCGUGCGAGAGGGAGAUAUGAUGCCGGUCGACAUUAGCACAGAACUUAUAGAUAAGCAUCCCGAAGCACCCAGCCGAGAUGAGACAACGGCGACCCAACCUCCCAUCCAGUCGCUUUACCAGAUCACACGAUUACGCAGUCUACGCUCGCAGGGUCUUGCAACUGCAGCGGACAAUACAGCCACUGCCACCCGCUCGCAGACCGAUUUGAUCUCACGCAAGGUAAUAAAUGUUGAUGAUGCGGAAAUGCUGGUCAACCGCUACCUGCGAAAGACAGAUCAUUAUCUCUACGGGAUAGCGAGCGAGUACAAAACCUUGCAGGAGAUGCGACAAGCGUCGCCACUCCUUUUAACAGCCGUUUUAACCGUGGAGGCGUUGCAGAGCGCGGACAGCGAGCAGCUGUUUCGUCUUUGCUACGCAGAGUUCCGCACCCUGGUGGCAGAUUUCCUCUUCUCGCAUACAGUGACACUGGAGGACCUUCGAGGUCUUUGUAUUGCGUGCUUUUGGCUCAGCGAUAUAUCCUGGUCAAUCUCAAGCCUCGCAAUCCGCCGUGCAGUCGAGAUGGAACUCCAUAAAUCGUUCACUGCGGCCGUCGAUAGCCUCAAAAGCCAGCAGGCGCUGGAACAGCUCGAUGAGCGGUCGAAAAGACUCGUCGACAGUGUCCGGAUAUGGUAUUUACUGUAUAUCUGCGAUCAGCAUUUAGCGAUCCUCUAUGGCCGUCCUUACAUCAUGCGGGAAGAUGAAGGGAUUCAAAACUGGCCGCUCUAUCUAACGGUGAAUCGACAGCCCACCGAUAUCCGAAUUCUAAGUCAGGUAGCGCUCUUGCAGAUUCUACGGUCAGUCUCCGAGACAUUCGGCCAGGACUCGAAGCGGCGAGUGCCCAUUCUGCUGAAACCGCAGUUGGAUGCGUUCAACCAACAGAUCGAUCAAUGGGUGAACCACUGGUUGGGACUCAGCCAGGACCAUCCAACCAUAGGGGCAUACCCAAGCAAAGCAAUCAUGCUCCACCACCGAUUCUCUAAGCUUCUCGUCUCUUCACACGUCUUUCGCGGCCUGGGACGCGACCCCGUCCAGGAUCCACUCCCGGCCGAGUUUCAACCCCUGGCCCUCGUAGCAAUAAACUCUGCAAAGUCAGUCCUCGACCUCACAGUCAACGACCCAGACAUUGUGGCGGCAUUUGCUCAUAUACCGCACUACUACCAUACCAUGAUCGCAUUCGCGUGCUCGUUCCUACUCAAAACCGCCACGAUUUACGGAAAGCAUAUAUCAAUAGAUAGUGGCGCCGUCAUCAACUCCAUCGCACCCGUGAUCAGCCUUUGCCUUGGCGUCAAGUGUACAGCAUACCACCUCGCCCACUGGAUUGGUCGUGGACUGCAGGCUCUACUAAACAAGUAUAUCAAGUCGCUACCGAUGGAGACCGCGCCAGGACACGCCGCGGAGGUAUCGUUUCAUAUGCAACAACAGCAACCACAACAGCAGCAUUCAACUCCCAGUUCCUCCUCAAACGUGAAUAUGGCAUUUGGUAAUAGCUCAGGGGUCUGGGAAACUGGUGCAGUAUCACCCUACGGCGACCAUAUUCUGUCAUCAACGCUGUUCGAGACACCCCUACAACCUAGCCAAGACAGUAUCUCGGAAUUUCAAUGGGACCCGUCGAUGUCCUUCGCCUCGCUGGAGCACAUGGGACUUGGGCUGCUCUAA